GUUUAGGAGCAUCAGCAGCUGUGUGUAUUUGUUAUCAGGACUUUAACUGGAGAUGAAGAUGUUGCUGCCACUCCUGCUCCUCGUACUCGUUUCCCAGCAUGCCCUGGCUCCGGUUGUGGAGGUGUACGAGGGGGAAAUAUCUGUCCUGUUGCCUUGCAAGUAUUCAGGUUUUAUACCUGAAAACCCCACAGUGCUGUGGACUCGCAAUGAUCUCAACCCCAAAUCUGUCCACCUACGACGAGAGGAAACAGAUGAUCUGAAAGGGCAACACCAGCGUUACAGAGGGCGCACAUCAAUGAGGCCUGAUGCUCUGGACACUGGAAACUUCAGCCUCACUCUGAGAAACCCCCAAAUGACUGAUAGCGGCAACUACACCUGCUCCAUUGGAAAUGAAAGGGUGGAACGGAAACUGACAGACAUACAGCUGCAUGUCAAAGACCAAGAACUUAAGGUGGAGGUCGUUGAAGGAUCAGAGUCUGUCAUCCUGCCCUGCAAAACAACACCUGACCUGCCUGAGGACACCAGAGUGGAGUGGACGAGAUUUGACAGAGAACUCAUGAUGGUCCAUAAGUAUUCAAACAGAAGUGACCAUCUUAAGAACCAGGACGACCUUUACUGUGGUCGCACAAAGAUGAACAAAGACCUGCUGAGAACUGGAGACCUCAGUCUGACCCUGAAAUACCCCACAGAGAGAGACAGUGGAGGAUACAUCUGCACCAUCUACAGGGACAAAGACAUCCUGAGACAGAAAGUAGUGCUGCAGGUCAAAGAACCGUUUCCACCCUGGGCCACAGCUCUCCUGGUUCUCCUGGUUCUUCUUGUGGUUUCUGGAGGUCUUUUAUUUUAUUUCCGGCACUAUUUCAUGUCAGUCCCCUGGGUGGAGGUGGAUUCAGGGGUGGAGUCUGUCCAGCUGAUCUGCAAAACCACACUUCACCUGCCUAAAGAUGCUAAAGUGGAGUGGAAGGACAAAGACGACAGGAAGGUCCACGUGUAUGAGAACGGCUCUGACCAGCAUGAAGAACAGGACGAUAAAUACAAGAACCGAACAAAGAUGAAGAGAAACUUACUGGAACCUGGAGACGUCAGUCUGACCCUGAAACACCCCACAGAUGGAGACAACUCCACCUACACCUGCACCGUCUACAGCAGGGAGGGAAACAUCCUGAUGAUGAAACAAGUGGAGCUGAGAGUCAGAGUCCCCCAGGUGGAGGUGGAUUCAGGGGUGGAGUCUGUCCUGCUGAUCUGCAAAACCACACUUCACCUGCCUAAAGAUGCUAAAGUGGAGUGGAAGGACAGAUACAACAGGAAGGUCCACGUGUAUGAGAACGGCUCUGAGCAGCCUGAAGAACAGGACGAUAAAUACAAGAACCGAACAAAGAUGAAGAGAAACUUACUGGAACCUGGAGACCUCAGUCUGACCCUGAAAUACCCCACAGAUGGAGACAACUCCACCUACACCUGCACCGCCUACAGCAGGGAGGGAAACAUCCUGAUGGAGAAACAAGUGGAGCUGAAAGUCAGAGCCACCCAGGUGGAGGUGGAUUCAGGGGUGGAGUCUGUCCAGCUGCCCCUCAAAACCACACUUCACCUGCCUGAAGACGCUAAAGUGGAGUGGAUGGAUAACAAUGCAAAGGUCCACGUACAUGUGAACGGCUCUGACCAGCCUGAAGAACAGCACCAGGUUUUCAGAGACCGAACGAAGAUGAAUGAAGACCUGCUGAAAACUGGAGACCUCAGUCUGACCCUGAAAUACCCCACAGAUUGGGACAACUGGAUCUACACCUGCACCGUCUACAGCAGGGAGGGAAACAUCCUGCUGAAGGAACAAGUGGAGCUGAAAGUCAGAGUCUGUCAGGUGGAGGUGGAGGAGGGGGCGGAGUCUGUCCAGCUGCCCUUCAAAACCACACAAAACCUGCCUGGAGAUGCUGAAGUGGAGUGGGAACGUAAAGAACCUGAAUACAACAAAGUCCACUUGAAUGGGAACGGCUCUGACCAGCCUCACAAACAGCACCAGGUUUACAGAGACCGAACGAAGAUGAAUGAAGACCUGCUGAAAACUGGAGACCUCAGUCUGACCCUGAAACACCCCACAGAGAGAGACAGUGGGAGAUAUGUGUGUGAAGCGAGGAGGAACGGACGGAUUAGAUAUAAAACAGUGUUGCUGAAAGUCAAAGUCUGUCAGGUGGAGGUGGAGGAGGGGGCGGAGUCUGUCCAACUGCCCUUCAAAACCACACAAAACCUGCCUGAAGAUGCUGAAGUGGAGUGGGUACGCUAUGAACCUGAAUACAGGAACGUCCACGUGUAUAAGAACGGCUCUGACCAGCCUGACAAACAGCACCAGGUUUACAGAGACCGAACGAAGAUGAAUGAAGACCUGCUGAAAACUGGAGACCUCAGUCUGACCCUGAAACACCCCACAGAGAGAGACAGUGGGAGAUAUGUGUGUGAAGCGAGGAGGAACGGACGGAUUAGAUAUAAAACUGUGCUGCUGAAAGUCAAAGGGAGAGUUCAGGUCCAGGAUCAAACAGGGGACAUCAGGAACAGAAGCAGCUCCAUUGAUCCGACUCCUCUGAUGGCUGAUCAAUCAGUUUGAUCUGUGUGUUCUUUCA